GCGCGAGGGUCGAGAAUUGGCGCCCAAGCGGAGCUUCAUAAAGGACGGCUGAUAGCAUCGGCGCCUGCUCGCACUUGCCCUCUCCCACCAUGUCGGUCGGUUCUGUGACGAAGGAGCAGCCCAGCGAGACCGCUUCACCCUCGCUCUCCGGGCGGCGCGGAGUGAGAGAGCGGGCGCAGAACGUCAAGCGCAAGCUGACGACGCGCGAUGGAUGGGUGGGAGACUACAACUACAGCUGGCUAUGCAUGCCCAGUCUCCCUUUCAUGAGGACGAAGCGGCGGGCACCCCCCUUUUACUCCCUUGACGAGGAACUGCCCCUUGUGCUUGCCAUAGCCAGUGGUUUCCAGCACUCGCUUGCCAUGCUUGCGGGCCUCAUCACCCCGCCCAUCAUCUUCGCGAGCUCACUAAACCUCGACUCCGAGAUGUCCGCGUACAUGAUCUCUGCAAGCUUGAUCGCCUCAGGCAUCCUAAGUUUGGUGCAGAUGUCCCGCAUACGCCUAUGGCGCAACUACUACCUCGGCACUGGCCUCAUCACCGUCGUCGGCACCAGCUUCGCCACGCUUAGCACCGCGAGCUCGAUCUUCAAUGCCAUGUACCGCGAUGGGACCUGCCCCUCGACGACCGCCGCGGAUGGCACCGUUACGCAAGGCCCGUGCCCCGACGCGUACGGCAUGCUUCUCGGCACGUCCCUCAUCUGCGCGUUCCUUGAGAUCUUCAUGUCCUUCAUCCCCGUCCGCAUCCUCCGCCGCAUCUUCCCACCCAUCGUCACCGGCACCGUCGUCCUCCUCAUCGGCAUGCACCUUAUCGGCGACUCGGGCAUCCUCAACUGGGGUGGCGGCUCAAAUGACUGCUCGUCUGCGAACCCGCCUGCGUACUUUGCCUUGUGCCCGAACAUCGCUGCGCCGCGCCCGCUGCCAUGGGGCUCGCCCGAAUUCAUUGGGCUGGGCUUCUUGUCCUUCAUGACUAUCCUACUCUGCGAGUUCGUCGGCUCGCCCUUCAUGAAGAACAUCAGCAUCAUCAUGGGGCUCGCCGUGGGAUGCAUCGUCGCCGGCGCGACGGGCUACAUUGACGGCAGCUCUAUCAAGACCGCCCCUGCGAUCACGUUCCUGUGGGUACACACAUUCAAGAUUGAUGUCUACCCGCCGGCGAUAUUGCCCAUGCUCGCGGUGUACAUCUCGCUCGCGAUGGAGGCUAUCGGCGACAUCACCGCCUCCGCCGAAGUGUCCAGGCAAGCCGUCGACGGCGAGGAAUUCGAUAGUCGCAUCCAGGGUGGUGUGCUCAGCGACGGCCUCGGCGGCUUCUUCUCCGCGCUCUUCACCGUCACCCCGCUCUCCGUCUUCGCGCAGAACAACGGCGUCAUCGCGAUCACCCGCUGCGCCAACCGCACCGCCGGCCGCUGGUGCUGCGCCUUCCUCAUCCUCUUCGGUGUCCUCGGCAAAAUUUCCGGCGUCUUCCUCGCCAUCCCCAACCCCGUCAUCGGCGGCGUGACGACGUUCUUGUUCGCCAGCGUGUGCGUGUCCGGCCUGCGCGUGCUCGCAAUGACGCAGUACUCGAGAAGGGACCGGUUCGUUCUCGCGGCGGCGAUGAGCUUUGGGAUUGGGUAUAUUCUGGCGCCGGAGAUCUUCACGCACCUGUUUGACGGGGUGGACAAUCCGAGCUCGGGGCUGCAGGGGUUGUUCGACUCGAUUACGAUUGUGCUGAGCACGCCUUUCCUUUCGGCAGGCCUGAUCGCCGUCGUGUUGAAUCUGCUGCUGCCAGAAGAGGACGAGGACGACGAGGAUGAUAUACACCCGACGAAUGUCAUCGACGUUGAAGCUCAAAACGUCAAGGAGCUCGAGGCGGAGAAGUAGCUUGCUCUAUUACCAUGAUCAUGAUGUGUAUGCCUAGAUAAUGCCACUUGGAUAUAUGGUGUGGAAGAGCACAUUAUUGUACGACUGUAUUGUAUAAACGGACCAGAUAAGUACUCUAGCGAAGGGAAAUGUCGACGAACGCCUGGUAGUCGAUGGAUGCACUUCAGCAACCAUUGAAAGUGUCCACCACCCCCUUCAAUCCUCCGCCCCAUCAUCAUCGC